UAUAGACGUCGCAAUGCUGUACGUCACAAUUUCCGACGCACGCUGCUAGUUAGAUGUUUAGGAGUUAGCGGCUAGCACUGGAUACAGCAAUUGUUCACAUGGCGAACGGAUGCAAGGAAGUGCUUUUUACGCGCGGAACUGGACAGAGUGAUGAUUCAGACAUCUGGGAUGACACCGCACUGAUAAAGGCUUAUGACAAGGCAGUUGCAUCUUUCAAGACUGCCCUUAAGGGUGAAGAUGAGCCACAAAUCUCAAAGAAAAACCAACCAGGAAAGAAACGCAAGAACAACAAGAAGAACCAGAGUAGGAAAAGAAACAAUGCAGCACCAGAAAAAGAGUGGCAGGUUGGGAAUUCAUGCAGUGCUUACUGGUCCGAGGAUGGCCAGCUCUAUGCAGCCACGAUCGCCUCCAUAGACAAGAAGAGAGGCACUUGUAUAGUUGUUUAUACAGGCUAUGGCAACGAGGAGGAGCAGAAUCUUGAAGACCUGCUGUCAGAGUUUUCGGAGGGUGAUGAGGAAUCAAAUACCAAGGUGCAUGAAGCAGAAUCUUCAACGGAGGAGAGUGACAGGUCAGCUACUCCAAACCAGCACAAACAGUCACCUAAUAAGGGCCACAAGUCCAAGACCCACAAAGAAUCACCUCCUAUGUGGGCUCCUGGAUUUCCUCCAAUACCACCUCCCAUGCAUGCUUUCAGACAGGGGAGCAGCAAGCGAUCUGGUAGUCAUGGGCCUGUACCUCCUCCAUGGCCUCCCAUGAUGCCUUUUGGUCCACCGAUGGUUCCUCCACCUCCACCAAUGAGCCCUGACAUGGUGGAUGAUGAAGCCUUGGGCAGCAUGCUCAUCUCCUGGUAUAUGAGUGGAUAUCACACAGGAUACUAUCUGGGGCUGAAACAAGGGCGCAAAGAAGCUUCCAACUGGACAAAACAGCAUCACAAAUGAAGCCCUGCUUGUUAUGUCUGUCUGUUCAUAUGAAGUAAUGGAAGAAAGUUUUGUAUUCUUUGUAAAUAGAUGAAAUAAAGACUAUGAGAACACAG